UAACAUUUGAUAGAUUUGUGAUUAAUACUUUAUGUUGAAUUUGAAAAUUAUUUUUAUCCUGAUUUGGUCAGUUUUAGAUUAUGCUGUUAUCAUUGGUAGCCGAAACAUACCCUUUACACCUCCUUACUACUUUGUUUAAAUUUUAGCCCUAAUUUUUCAUUCAAUACACCUAUAAUCAGGGGUUAUUGGUAAAUCUCUCACUUGUUAUCAAUACAAGAAUUUUAAAGUAUAACAGGUGUAACCCUAUAAAUCAAGUAUUAAGGUUUAUAAAGUGGAGAAAAAGUGGCCUUGAGACAUUAAGAUUUGUUUCAGCUGUUGUUGUUCUACCGUCUGUUGAGGUCUUGUCGGGAUAACAUGAAUAUAUAUUACUACAAAAAUCUAAGUAUCUAUUCAUUGUUUUAUGCAUGUUCUGUUUUCAUCGGAAAUUUGGAACCUCAAUUUAACUUCCUUGAAACCUAAUAUAACUUCCUUGAUAUUUGUUACACAUCCAUUGUUCUAUUCAUGAAUAGGAAAUUAAAUGACUUUUGAACAAAGGUUGCGUCCGAGAUGCUGAUUGAUUGUAUUUGUAUGUAUCAGUAGAUAAACAUUUGCAGCAGAGAUGAACAAUAACAGUCAAUCUUGAUGUCUUUAAUCACCUUAUUUAAAACAUAUUAAAGGAACUGAUUAUGACACAAGUUGUAUAAUAUGAUGUGGCGAGCAUUGUUACUUGUUUUGGCCGCUAAUUGUAUUGUAUCAGAACACACAAUAAUUUUGCCAGCUUUCAAUGAAGUAUUGGUGAACAGCAGUUUGGAAUUGGCAUGUUAUACUAACAAAAACGUUACAUUUACACAAUGGGGAAGAUUAAAUCACCUUGACACAUUUUCGCACCUGUAUCUUUCGGACAAUGGAAGCUGUAAAACAGAUGGUUUCCUAGCUGACAAACUAUAUUUUGAAACGAGUUGCUAUAGUAACGGCACCUUCAAAAUGAACAUUAAACGUGUAAAUUUAAGUAACCAUGGUCAAGAAUGGUAUUGCUACGGCGAUAAUAGAAAGAGUAAUAUUGCUAACAUUACUGUUCGAGUUCCUGCCACGGAAGUUACAUUUGACUUUCAUUCAAAUAAUAGCAUUUACAUGAAUGAAAAUCAAAAUCAAACUUUUAGUUGCAAAACCUCAGCGUGUUUACCAAAACCAUUAGUUAAAUGGUACUUAUUGAAUCCCAUCAACAAUAUAACCUACGAUAUAACAAACCAAUCGACAGAAUCAUAUAUUCCAAAAGAAAACUGGUUGACUGUAGCUGAAAGUAUUCUUCGGAUUCUUCCGAACAGAACACUAGAGCACUGGCAGCUAUUCUGCGCAGUAUGGACAAAAGAGAAAGCAGCAGACAUUUUAAGUGAUGAAUUGGUACUGAGCGUGGCAUAUCCACCAGAUGGUCCCCCAAUGAUAGCUGGCUACAGAAACGGCUCUACGAUACAGCUUGUCGAGACAGAAGCGCUUAAAUUGACCUGUUCUGUAACUGGCGGAAAACCAUUAGCGACCUUAAGAAUGGCCUGUUUAAACAGCAAUUCAACAGUAACUGUUACCAAAGAAACGACGGUGACUGUGUACAUUGCACUACAAGUGAAUCGCAAUCAUAAUCAAUGCAUAUGCCAGUCUGAUCAUAUCAUAAGUGGUACACAAAAAACAUACGUCAUGCUUGAUGUGCUGUUUCAACCCCGUGAAGUCCGCUUCGGAAUGGAGGCAGGAGAAAGUUUGAUUGUAAACCAAAAUGAAGAGGUGACUUUUCAAUGUUUCGCUGAGUCUAAUCCUCAUCCAGAUAUUGUUAUCAGGAAUCAAAGAGAUGAACAAAUAAUAAUGAUGGAAUAUGCCACUCAUGAUGUUCAACAUACUAUUCCUAAAGUAUUUUGUGCUGAUGCAGGGGAGUAUGUAUGCACUGCUAGAAAUAUGUUAACAAAUGGACAAGGAGCACUUUCAAGACUCAGUCUCAUUGUAAGAUGUCGCCCACGUCCGUCAGCUGAUACAUUAAAAGAAACAAGGAUAACUGCUCUUCUGCAUGUUGACGUCACGUUGCAAUUUUUAGCUCAAGACUUUUUUGACGAGCAAAACAAAACAGCAUUCGCAUGGUAUAAACAGAAAGUGCCAUUACAAAAUGACGGCAAUAAGUAUAUUAUAUCAUCUUAUGGGUUACAAUCUAACUUGAUAAUCAGAAACAUUACAUACUCAGAUUAUGGACAGUACCAAGUUGUUGUCAGGAAUUCAUUUGGACAUAAUACCUACUAUUAUGAAUUGCUGGAAAAGGCUCCUCAACAGUCCACUGAGCCAGUGACAGCCUCGACACUAUUUGGGGUCGCAGUUGGUACAUCUAGUUUCACAUUUUUUGUGGUUGUAUUGGCAUUCAUCUACUGGAUAUAUACCAGACGUAAACGCACUUUGAAGAUAACAGACAGAAAAACAGCUGAGGUUAUCAAUGAAUAUCAGGCUACUACUGGGCAUAAUGACAAUGAUGCAGAAAAUUUGUAUGAACAAAUUGAUGAGCAAUGUACUGCAAGAGGGGCAUACAUUGAGAUGCAAGGAAUCAAAACGGAUAAGGAUACAAACUGUGAAUAUAUAGAUAUGACAAUACAGACCAACAACCCGUCGGAAAAAAAUUGUGAAUAGUAGCCAAAGUCGUUUUGUACAAACCUGAGUUAGUUUGUUUCAUGUUGAGUUCAUAUAUCAAGUUUUCACAUAUUAAUUCACAUAACCUUUUACUUUUGUGAAUUUUCACCAAAUUUAUUGUACCUGUACAUAAUACAUGUAUAUUGAGAUUCCAACGAAUGCUCUGUCCAGAUUAUACAGUUGACUCAAACCAACUGUUUCUUUUCUCUUAUUAAAUAUUCUUUAUUUUGAACUACAAAUAACUUAAUUAUAAGGUUGAAUGAAAUUGACCUUUAUAAGUCUUUUUCAUAAGUGGAUUUUAGUUCAUGGUUUACGUAGGCAAUAAACAACUUUCUAAUGGUCGCUUAUAACUUUAGCGGUAAACAUUUUUGUAUUUUUCACGUCUAAAGAUGUAGUUUAUUCUGUAUUUGGUUGGCAAGCAUAUCACAUGUUGAGAUUCUAAUUUGACCUCCUAUCCCUCCCUAUUUUGUGUGUUAUAAGGAUAUCUAAUCGUACAAUAAUGUAUUCAUAUAGGUUAUAUAACCUCAAUGUUUGAAUAUUUGCUUGAUGAUGAAUAUUACUACUGUAAUGAUUAUUGUGCAGUAUAUGGAUAGACAAAACUUUUUUGAUACUGUUU